CGGAGAACAGAACGUUGUAUGCUGAUAUUUAUAACAAACAGACGCGUUUGUUUAUGUGUGUACUUCCACAACCAUCCCCAUUCACCAUUCACGUGAAAUAUUCGCUGUCAUUUUCGGCAGAUGAUGCUGAAAUUGUGAUGCAGCAUUAUUUCAAGAGUUCGUCAGCCGGAAGUUAGCAAGAAAGUCACGUGAGAUAAGGCAGCUUUCGAGCUUGUGUCGUCACAUCCUCUCGUAGCCAUUAUGAUCACGGAGCUCGGGUGAAACAUGUCUAAUAUUGGAAAACUAUUCAAAAUUAAAGGAACUAGACCUCCUAGGCCACCGAAGAGGGAUUACGAUGAGAAUAGGAGUUCUAGUGAUUGCUCUGAAGACGAUGAAAGCUAUUCAGACCCGGCCACUGUCCAUCCAACGUUAUCGCCGAAUGAGAGUCCUGUAAUGCCCAGUUACCCUCCUCCGAGACCAAACCAUUCGCCCGCUAAUCGCCGCGUUCACGAUGCAGGAAAAAGGGCUUCAGUGCCUGUUACGUUUGGCCAGUCGAUUAAACCUACCAGAUCACAGAGACCACAAAGUGCAGAGCUUUUGCAGCAGGGAAAAAUGCCUGUACCUGGGCCAAGAUUCGGCUCGAAGAUGCCUGAUGACUACUCAGAUCCAUGGGAUGCCAAAAAAGCAAUGUCCCCUGGUGGAGACUAUUCCGAUCCCUGGGAUGCUACAAACACCCAACCAGGGGCACUCACUGACCCCACUAAGGCUGGUAGAAAGACUUCAAAAGAUGACUAUAUAGACCCCUGGGAUGCAAAGCAGGAUGGAAAAACACAGGUGGAAAGGGUAACAGUUGAGAAAGUUAAGCAUCAGAGUAAUGAAGACUCAGAUGAAGAAAGUUAUUCUGAACCUUAUGACCUUGGCAAAGUCACAUUGUUAGAUGAGCAAGCUAAGAGAAUGUCUCUGAGGGGAAUGCGUCCAUCAUCUGUAGACGGAACAUUUUCUGAACAGGAGGAAAACAGAUUCAGAAAACACAGUGAUACUGGAGCAAAAAAACAACAGUCUCCUAGCAGGGAUCAAAGAUCAGCAGAUGAUUAUGACUCACCCUGGGAAAGCAAAUCUUUUCUGGGAAUGCAGCAGAAAUCUCCAAACUUACCCCAAGAGAGACCUCAAGCUCCUGUGACUGAUACACGCUCAUCUGAUGAUUAUGACAAACCAUGGGAGUGGAACAAGAAUAUUAAUCUGAAUGGCCAUACACAAGGGCCAAGACAACAGGAACCUGUUCAGUCACCUAAAAUUGACGCUCGGCAUCCAGAUGAUUAUGAUGCACCCUGGGAGUGGUCAAAAUCUGGCCUUACAUCAAAGGUGAAGGGUCCAAGGGAAGGAGAGGCACAGGGCAUGGCCUUAGUUGCCCCUUCUAAGCCACCAAGAACAUUUGUUGAAGAUGGAUCCCCCAUUGACCCUUCUUUGCCACUGUCACGACAGGGCUGGUAUCAUGGACCUUUAAAGCGACUGGAAGCAGAGAGACUCCUACAAUCUGCUGAAGACUGCAGCUUCUUACUGCGACAAUCUGAGAGUAGUAAAAAUGACUUCUCUCUGUCUGUCAAAAAUAACAACUCCUUCAUGCAUUUAAAGAUUGUUUGCCAAGGCAAUAGAUACAUCUUGGGACAAUUUAGUAAGCCAUUCAACACUGUACCUGAAAUGAUUCACUACUAUUCCCUAAACAAGCUCAACAUUCGAGGAGCUGAACACAAAAAACUCUUACACCCAGUGGUACCUCCCCCUGAGUAUUUUACACUGGAGCCAGGUGGAUAUCCCACAGCAAGCUGAGAGUCACAUUCCUGCAUCAUAUCAUGAAGGCCCUUAUGGGUGGAAAAGCUUUCCUGACAAGCCUUGGAAAGUCAAAGUGCAGAGAUCACUGUAUUGAAAUAGUGAAUUUAAAAUAAUCUAAUUAAUUUUAAAUUUUUUUUUAAUCAUCAGUGACAAACGUUAAGGGAAUGGUAUUUUAAUUUCAUUUAAAUUCUGUUAUAUGAAUAGUUGGCAUUAAAAAAAAAAUGAAACAAGCAGGAUCAUGAGUAGAGUUAGUCUUUUCACACAAGUAUUAUAGUUUUAAGUGUUUGCCAACACAUGUGGAAUUAUUGUUCGAUUUUAUUUCAGUUGACUUUGAAGUAAUCCUUGAUAGUAGUGUUCAUAGUAGAACACUUUUCAGUUGUAGCAAGCUCAUUUCUAGAUUUUUCUCAAGACUUAAUUAUUAUCUUGAUAGUGUUUUACCUUUUGAAGGAGCAAUCUUUGUUUUGCUAUUUUAGUUGUUUUUAGUGUUGCAUGUUGCCCAUUGUGGGUAAAAGAUAAUUUCGACUGAUUUACCAUUUAGUUAAAUCUUGUUUUACCAUCAGACCAUCAGGGAGAAUGUACAAAAAAGGAAAGUCUGUAUUAUAAUAGUGUCAAUAGGAGUAGUCUUAGAGCUCCAUGUAGUUGUGGAGAAAUAAUUUGGUAUUGAAACUGUUACUUUUAACCUUUGAGUUUUGUUUUAAUGAAUGAAAUUUACCAUUUUAAUGAAAGGGUGAAGUUCUUUAGAAAAGAAUUGAAAUGAAUGGCCUGAAAUAUAUCACUUGUGCUAGUGUCUGUGUUCUGCAGUACACUGUGCAGUUGGUUCAUUUGAAAUAUAAAUGAAAGUUUUGAUGUAGAAUUGUUUCUCAAAUCAAGGAUCAAGUAGCAGUGGUAAUCUUUUGACACUGACUCUGGGAAUGUUACCAGCAAUCAUUUAAGGUCAUUUUAGUAGCUAGUAAUAAUAACACAAUUUACCCCUUGAAAGUCGUCUGAAACAUACCAGAUCCAGGAAUUUCAAUAAAAUCCAGAAUUCUCAAAUAUAAUUAAUGUAAUAUGGACCCUAUAUGAUACUAUGCAACAUAUAGAAAUAAGCAAUAAUGUAAAAAUCAUGCUUGAAAUAGUGAGAAGUCUUUAAACACCGGGUUUUAGAUAGCUGUAGGAAUUUGUUUACAUGUAAUCAUCACUAGUCAUUCUUCUCUCGACAUUUGAUCACCUCGAUUUCUAGCUAAGAUUUCAUUCUCGAGAUAAUUUCACCAAUCUGGCUUCUCGUCUUCGAAAGUCCCGAAUUCAUUAGGAAUAUUGAUAAAGCUAAAUAAGUAUAUUUUGAAACUUGGAAUAUUAAAACUUGAACUAACUGUUGGA